ACCAGCCGAUCAGCCCAAUAACCAACCCAAAAAACCAAACCAGUAAACCAGUCUCCUUCUUCUUCCAAAUCUCAGUCCCUCGUCCCGUAACCCACCCGCCAAUCAACACAAUUUCAGAGUUUCUUCUUCUUCUUCCGCCGAUUUUCCCCAAUUCAGUUCAGGGCUUGCGGCGGUAACUGAAUACCAUACCCUUUUCAGACUUGGGUUGCUCGAGCUUAGGACCGCCGACGACGUCGUAACGAAGAAUUUCCGGAGAAGAUAUUCAGUCUCGUAAUUGUAUACUGAAGUGGAAAUUGUAAGCGUGCUAUAGUAAGUCGCAAACUUUAUACAUCGAUUGGAAGAGGGUAACAGUAUAGUGAAAGAUGCUUCAGAUCCGGCUUAAGAGUGUUACACCACCAGAGGGUGUUUCAGGGGCAAAACACUUGGCAGAAGAGACUGUGACUGUUGCAUGCCCUGACCACCUUGUCCUUGCUGAUCUUCCUGUGGCAAAGGGCAUUGGUGCAGCAACCACCACUACUCUUGUCAAGACUGUAGGCCGCAGGUCUCGUCGGCAGCUUGGAGAACGUGUCCACUUUUGUGUUAGCUGCGAUUUUCCAAUUGCUAUCUAUGGACGCCUGAGCCCUUGUGAGCAUGCCUUUUGUCUGGAUUGUGCUAGGAGUUACUCAAUUUGCUAUCUUUGUGAUGAACGGAUCCAGAAGAUUCAGACAAUCAAAAUGAUGGAGGGGAUCUUCAUUUGUGCAGCACCUCACUGUCUGAAAUCUUUUCUGAAGAGGGAUGAAUUUGAAUCUCAUAUUCACGAGAACCAUGCUUACCUUCUUCAGCUAAAUGGAGACAAAAUGGAUGGAAAUGAAUCAGAAUCUCGAAAUACCAAACAAUGUACAAUAUCUGAAUCCACUGCUCGUGCUCCAUCAAGGCCAGUAUUUUCCCCUGGUUCAAAUUCUCAGCUCCAUGACCGCGAGGACAAAGCUCGGCUUCAACAGUCUAGAGAACAAUCACUUCCAAGGCCAGUCAUGCAGCCCAACCCAGCCUUUGGGCAAGUUCAGAAUAACCCACCAGACCCCAGUCAGCCCCCAGGCUUUGACAGGCCUGCUCCCCACAAUCUCUUCCAUCAACAAAGCUAUGAUUCAAUGGGUGCUCCAAUGCAGGAAUCUGGCCAGUUUUCCGAUAAGCAGCAAGGAAUUUUAUCUGAGACUCCCUUUUCUGAAUAUCCACCCAUGCAUUCCAUUCCGCCCCCCAAUUAUGAAAUUCCUGUUAAUUCCAGUCAAAUGAGGAUGCCCCUUCCAUAUGGCUUUCCUUUUCCCAGUGAUGGAUCCCAACAAUUUUAUGGUGCUCCCUAUGAGAUGGCACGACAGGAUUCAGCCCCAGAUGUUGGACCAGAACAGGGGUCGUUACUGGGUUUUGCCCCAGGUUCAGUUGGGAACAUGAAUUUUCCGGUGAGUUAUCCGCAGUCUUGGAAUGCAGGACAGGCUGGUGUUCCGUUUGAAGCAUCAACAGGGGGUCAAGGAAAUACAGAUGGUUUCUCGAACUCUGCAGAGUCUCAAGGAAAAGCUGCAUUUUACCAAGGAGAAUAUGGACGGAAUCACGGGGGUUUGCCCUUCAAUUCUCCGCAAAUGACCAACAAAGCGAUGGAAGCAGUGCAGGGUGGUAGCACUAUGGAUCCUAGGGACGGCAAAGGUGUUUUAGCAGCACAGCCCAUGUCACUUCCUCCGCCGCCUCCACCCCCACAUCACAUGUCACAACUCAAACGUAAGUUUUAUCAAGGCGAUACGGGACGAGACGGAUAGGGCUAGGUCUGGAAACAUGACUACCCCCUGAUGGCCGGUGGUGGCCAAGUCUAGAAAAGAUUAAUUUUUGUAAUUUUUCCCUUGUUUUUUCCCUCCCUGGAACUGGUUGCGGUUAUAUUGGUCCAAGGUUCUCUCUGAGUAAUUGUUUUUCCAUGCUUCCGGUUAAACUUUUUGUUCCUAUUUUUAAUAGUUUGCCCCUGUCGAAUUUAAAGAUGAAGAUGGCAAUACAUGUAUAGUUGUUUUGGAGAUAUGCGGAAAUCAUUUCUCUUU